CGUAAGUUUGGUCUAUGGGGAGAGGCAACUGUUAUGGAAGUGGCUGCCUCUUGAAUUUACUUUACUUUUUUUUUUAUUUAUUUACUCUAUGUGGAAUAACGUCUUUGGGGAUGCACUUCUUACCAAAUUAGUCAUAGAGAUGCUGGCGAGAGCUCAGCCUGACAGGAUACAGAAAGAAGUCUCUGGAAAGGGUUCGCGCGUUAUUUAUUUCCUCUUGACCACUUCAUUUUUGUGGACAGCAAGACAAAACACACACAGUUUUCCGCUUGUGUACGUUUAACAUUCAGACUUGCGGUUCAGUCGGUUUGGCUGCGGAAAGUUUGUGAUACUCGCCAUAAAUUAAGUUUUAGAAGCUCACACGACGUCUGAGUUUAAGUCGUGUGUGUGGGGGGAGUUCUGCCUAACUGACGCUUGGUCAAAACAAGCAAUAAUAUCUGCCUGCAUGUUAAUAAAGGAUUGCAGAGUGUGGGCCUCGUCGACUUGCAAUGAAACUAAGUGAGGCCUUUCGACCGUCAGUAUAUCUUUGCUUCGGUUUCAAGACUGAUGACCAGGUCUGCCAAGGACCGUCAAAAAUGUGAACAGGUGAUUGAGGGGUACUCUUCCAGAUCAGUUGUCUUCCAGUAGCAAUGGAGCGGAGCAAGCGCAACUCUAUUGCUGGGUUCCCCACACGGCCAGAUCGUCUGGAGGACCUGGAUGGCGGAGGAGGAGGGGCAGAAAUGGGCCCAGCACAGCUGGACAGAAUGUGUCCCUCUUCCUACAGGGCCCUCAUCAGUGCCUUUUCUUGCCUGACCCGACUUGAUGACUUUGUCUGCGAGUGGAUUGGCUCUGGGUUUUUUUCAGAGGUCUACAAGGUACGUCACAGAGCCUCAGACCAGGUAAUGGCUCUGAAGAUGAACAAGCUGAGCAGUAACCGUGCCAACAUGCUGCGAGAGGUUCAGCUCAUGAACAGACUCUCCCACCCCAACAUCCUCAGAUUCAUGGGUGUGUGUGUGCAGGAAGGUCAGCUCCAUGCUCUCACAGAGUACAUUAAUGGUGGCAACUUGGAGCAGCUCCUGGAAAGCAAUAAGUACCUGAGCUGGGCCAUGCGGGUCAAGCUGGCCUUAGAGAUUGCCAUGGGCCUUAGUUAUCUUCACUCCAAGGGCAUUUUCCACAGAGAUCUCACCUCCAAGAACUGCCUGAUCAAAUCAGAUGAGAAUGGUUACACUGCAGUUGUUGGAGACUUCGGCCUUGCUGAGAAAAUCCCCACUCAUGAUUAUGAAGGGGAGAAGCUGUCCGUUGUGGGUUCUCCUUUCUGGAUGGCUCCAGAAGUGUUGAGAGACGAGCCAUACAAUGAAAAGGCUGAUGUCUUUUCGUAUGGCAUUAUUUUAUGCGAAAUCAUUGCAAGGAUACAGGCUGAUCCAGACUUCCUACCACGCACUGAAAACUUUGGCCUGGAUUACAUCGCCUUCCAGCACAUGGUUGGAGAUUGUCCUCCUGACUUCCUACAGCUCGCCUUCAACUGCUGCAAUAUGGAUCCAAAGCUCAGGCCCUCAUUUCCAGACGUAGGAAAGAGACUGGAGGAGAUCCAGAAAAAGCUGAAAGCUGAUGACUCUGAGAGGGAGACGAUGCUUUUAACUGCAGUGGAGGUGGAGAAAAAACCCAUCCCGAAAGGUCCUGGUGAUAAGGGCAUAAAGAGGUUAAAUUCUCUUGGUUUUCAGAAUAACAAGAUUCCACCCAAGUCACCCUGGCCACGUCGCAACAUCUGGCUUUCCCGCAGCCAGUCGGACAUCUUCUCUCGUAACCCCGGCCGCAAAGUGAACGUCCAGGACCCUUACUACAACACCGGACCUAGAGGGCUCAUAGAUGGGGUACCAAAAGUCAACCCUUUCAGUGCCAGAGAGGACCUCAAAGGUGGCAAGAUAAAAUUUUAUGACAUCCCCAGCAAGUCGGUCUUCUCGCUCAUGUUUGAUUUGCACUCGCCCGAUGGCAGUCAGAGUUCAUACCAGCCUCACCCCAAUAUCAGCAUAGGAGCCUCUGGCAUCAACUGCUCCACAUCAUCCUGGCAAGAACCAUGGCAGCUGCCAGUUCGGCAGUGUCACUCUCUCCCUGUCUCUCCCCAGCUUCCCCACUCAGUGGCCACCUUCUCAUUUCAAACCGCAUCCAGAAAUGAGGCAGUACAGGCUAUCAGUGAAAGGAGAGCUGCGAGUGGCUGGGCUAAGAAGUAUGCAGAUGCAGUAAUGGAGAUUCCUCCCUACAGACCGCGAGGUGAAAGAGAGGAAGAAGGGUAGGUGGAGAGCUGGUCUUCUCUGGUCCCCUCUGAUGGGGAGACCCAGAGGCCAUGGACUGCUCCAGCAGCAGAGGAAGCCCUUCAAAUGAUAACAAGGCAGUCCUCAGCCAGAUGCAGAACAGAAGAAUCUGUGGCUUCUGUGAGGACAUAGAGGCAGAAGACCAGGAGGACGUGUUGAUCGCA